ACCAGUAGCGAAAUGGCUCCCACAAAGGAACGUCUCCACAGCCUUAUGCACUUGUUCAUAGCAUGCCUCCUCAAGCUUAGCACCGCAGCGCCUUGCCUGCCGGAUCAGGCUUCUUCCCUUCUCCAGCUAAAAGCUUCCUUCAUUGGUGACAACUUACCAUCAUGGCAAGCUGGAACGGAUUGCUGCCACCACUGGGAGGGCGUCACCUGUGGCAUGGCCUUGGGAAGAGUCAUUUCUCUUGACCUUGGUGAGUUCGACCUGAUGAGCAGUCGGCUUGAUCCUGCAUUGUUCAACCUCACCUCUCUCAGGAACCUCAGCCUUGCAUUCAAUGACUUUAGUGGAGCCUUGCUCCCAGCUUCUGGUUUUGAGCAGCUCACGGAUAUCAUCCACCUCAACCUCUCGGACACCAAUUUUGGGUUUCAAAUCCCAAUUGGAAUUGCCUGCCUCAAGAAACUUGUCACCCUUGACUUGUCUGAUCCUAUCCACCCUUCAUUCUCAAGGCUUCGGUCACUUACGACGAUCAACUUGGGAUACAAUAAGUUUGAAGGGCAUUUUCCAACAAAAAUCUUCCAGCUAAAAAGUUUGAGGACGCUUGAUUUGUCCGAUAACCACAUGCUUUCUGUGAGAUUAACACACUUCCCAGCUGAAAAUAAUUUGGAAACACUAAAUCUAGCUAUGACCACCGCAGUACAAAAUAGCACUAGUGGCGCUAAUAGCGUUUCGAGCACCCUGCGGCUAAAUCCUAUAGCCUGCUAAGACUUGUUGUAAAUAAUAAAUUUCCUGACCAAACUAUAACAGGCCAAGUUUGUUCUGGCCCAUUGUGUUAACCGGUUUCAACUGGCACGUCCUUUCGAAUUGUUAGUGUGUGAAAACGGGUUCAACUGGUGGGCCUGUUUCCUGAGACAAUCAAUUGGUGCAAACUGCGGGCUCGCCAAUAAAAAAAUAAAAUAUUCAUGUCUAAAGAAACUUGUCAAUAAAAGCUUUAAAAAAAGUUAUCAACAAAAUAUUAUAGUCAACAAAAACUACCCUAAUUGUAUUUCUACAAAGUAAAAACUAACCGCCAAUUGCAUUGUAUUACCCAAUAUCUUGGUCCAACAUGAUACUGGGUAUUUCUUUGUUUAUUCUGAAUUUAGCUGACGACGAGAUCCCCCAGUUGAAUGUACGCCGCACGGGCUAAUCUGGAAAGAGAACUUGCCGAAACCAAGUGUUGCAUCGAAGCUGAGGUCGCAGUAGUUGGCUCGUCCAAGAAGGGUGUUUCAGUAAUUCGUGGUAACUAAUUAGAAGUAUUGUUAUUCUACCUAGAACCAACCAGCUAUACGAAUACUUCUCUGUCACCAACUCACCAUGAGGCAAACUGACACAAUGCUUGUGCAGAGUCUGAAGAUCUGAGCAAAUUAACCUUUUAGAGAUUCUUCCCGAGACACCAAAUAUAUUGGUUUGGGUGAGAUCUUAAUCUCGAUGUUUUUCAUGUGCAACCGAAUAAUUUUGGGUAGUCUUU